AAUAGAAAUCGACAGUGAAUUUUGAACAGGCGCUGUGGGGUCAGCUAAGUACAGGAGUCCUUCCACCGUAAACACCGGAACAACACGUGAACAUCAUUUAACAGAUCAGGAUGGGUCGCUCUUCCAAAGACAAAAGGGACAUUUAUUACCGUCUGGCCAAAGAGGAAGGCUGGAGGGCGAGGAGUGCCUUCAAGCUGCUGCAGCUCGAUCACGAGUUUAACUUGUUCACAGGUGUGAAUAGAGCUGUGGAUUUGUGUGCAGCUCCUGGCAGCUGGAGUCAGGUCCUGAGUCGGAAGCUCAGAGGUCGGGAGGAGAAGGUUGAAAAGGGUGAGGGGGGUGAGGAGGUGAAGAUUGUGGCUGUGGACCUGCAGGCCAUGGCUCCUCUACCAGGAGUCACUCAGAUUCAGGGAGACAUCACCAAGGUGUCGACGGCUCAGGAAAUCAUCCGACACUUUGAGGGUCAGCCGGCCGACCUGGUGGUGUGUGAUGGCGCUCCAGACGUAACGGGACUUCAUGAUGUGGACGAAUACAUUCAGGCUCAGCUUCUAUUGGCUGCCUUAAACAUCACUACACACGUCCUGAAACCUGGUGGAACGUUCGUGGCCAAAAUCUUCAGGGGGAAGGAUGUGACACUGCUUUACUCUCAGCUGAAGAUCUUCUUCAGCGGGGUCACCUGUGCUAAACCUCGCAGCAGCAGAAACUCCAGCAUUGAGGCGUUUGUGGUCUGUCAGAAUUACCAGCCUCCUGAAGGUUAUGUCCCCAACAUGUCCAACCCUCUGCUGGAUCACUCCUAUGAUGUGGAUUUUAACCAAUUAGAGGGUCCAAACCGUGUCAUAGUGCCUUUCCUGGCUUGUGGGGACCUCAGUGCCUUUGACUCGGACAGAACCUACCCUCUGCAGCUGGAUGCUGGUAAACAGUACCAGUACACCCCUCCCACCCAGCCCCCCAUCCACCCGCCCUACCAGCAGGCCUGCCACCUCCGGAAAAACAACUUGUUGUCCAGAGAGGACGCUCCAACCGACUGUCCCAACCAGAGCCGAGACCAGGAUCCAUCAGCUGAGUCCUCAUGACCCACCAGGCUUCGCCUGAAACAGAUGGAGAUAUCAAUAAAGCAAUAUUUGCUUAAAUGAUUCCCACUGUCUACGGAGUUAGAAAAGGAGGUUGGCUACAGUGUGAAGAAAGUGUGCUAUGUGGUGGACAAACUCACACACCAUAGCAACAGAGAAACCCUGCUCCAGAUCUCAGCCUCAGAUCUGUCCUGAAACCCACCAGCAAAGGUCGUUUUAAAGAAUGACCUACUUUUGUUUUUAAUGUGUCAUUUUGUGUAGAUCUACCAUUUUAGAAUGUUAUAAGGCUACAGGUUGUAACCAUCUCCUGUCACAUCUAUAUGCUGCUGUAUGUAUGUGCAAAUAAUAAAACUAAACAUGUAUGCGCAGGCUGACAUUCUUUCACUGAACCCAUAGUCAGGUUGAUAUGUGACUUUUUAAGGGCUUUUAGUUAAUUAUUCUGAUGUU